AUCAAUGAAAAUGGGGGAAUUGGGCAUGGAGGCUUGCCGAAACUCCAAGCCAUCAUCAUCAUCCUCAUCCUCAUCAUCAUCACACUAAUCAGAUCAGAGGGAAGCCAAAUCUAACUAAAAAUCCACCAUGGAAACGGAAGCUCAACACUCGAAUCCUCAAAAUGAUGCAGCUGCCAAUGCUGCUUCCAUCAACUCUUUCAUCGAGAUCACUUCCUCUUCCAAAGAGGAAGCCCUUUUCUUCUUAGAGAGCCACAAUUGGGACCUCGACGCCGCCGUCUCCACCUUCUUGGAUAACCACGCUGCCGAUGCCGUCGACGCCACCGCCACUGCUACCGUCACCCGCCCAGUUGCACCGCCUGAUUCGCCUGAAUUUGCUCCUUCGCAGUCGCCAUCGCGUUCUCGCUCUCCUUCCCCACCUGCUUCUCGUGCUCCUUAUGAGCUCCGUUCCAGGAGAGCUAGGGGUGAAUCGGAGAAGAAGGACGACCAUAGGGCUUCUGGUAGCAGGACGCGUCGCAUCCGCACACUUUCUGACCUAAACCGGCCGGCGGAAGGGGACUCUGAUAGCGACUCUGAUGACCUACAAGAGUACUACACUGGUGGUGAGAAGAGUGGAAUGCUUGUCCAGGAUCCUGCCAAAGGUAAUUCAGUGGAUGCAAUUUUUGAUCAAGCAAGACAAUCAGCAGUCGAUGUACCUAUUGAGCCAUCUUCAGCUUCUAAAAGCUUUUCUGGAACUGCAAGAUUGCUCUCUGGGGAGACAGUGCCAUCAAUUCCUAGACACCCGGAGGCUGUCACUCACACUGUCACGUUUUGGAGGAAUGGAUUCUCUGUUGAUGAUGGUCCUUUAAGGAGGUUGGAUGAUCCUGAAAAUGCUCCGUUUUUAGAGAGUAUUCGUAGGUCAGAGUGCCCUGUAGAGCUUGAACCCGCAGAUAGGAGGACUUCUGUCCAUGUUAACCUUGUCCGAAGGGAGGAAGACUACCCAGAACCGGUGAAGCGCCGCCAUGCUCCAUUCCAAGGUGUUGGGAGAACAUUAGCUAGUGACUCACCAAACUCAGUUGCUCCUGAGCAGACUUCUGCUGCUAUAUCACUGAAUGUUGCUCCAUCCCCAUCAACAGGUUUGGUUGUUGACGACUCACUGCCAAUAACUUCUCUUCAACUAAGGCUGGCAGAUGGGACUCGGAUGGUCUCACGCUUCAAUCACCACCAUACAAUCAGGGACAUUCGCAGGUUCAUUGAUGUAUCAAGGCCUAGUGGUGCAAGAAAUUACCAACUCCAGACGAUGGGUUUCCCUCCCAAACAAUUGGCUGAAUUGGAUCAAACUAUCGAACAAGCUGGAAUUGCCAAUUCUGUUGUGAUUCAGAAAUUCUAACAGGCUGAAAAGCCUUCUAGGCCAAAGGUUAGCAAACAUUUAAACCAAGUUUUUUCAUCCUUAUGUCUUGUUUGGGUUUUGAUAGCUAUGUUCAAGUAUAAGUUUGCUCUGACAUGUGGCCUAGUAUUUUAUAGGGCCAGUUUCCAUUUUAACUGAAUUAUCAUGUUAUGAUAGUAUAGUUUUAUUCCAUUCACAAGAAUGAUACUAUAAAUUAUAUCUAUCUUUUCUUAGUUCCGAAA